CAGUUUGCGGAGGAUCGCUGCGAGCUUUGGUUUGUGGAGCUGGUUGUCAACAUGUCCUUUCCUAAGGCGCCUCUGAAACGAUUCAAUGACCCUUCCGGUUGUGCACCAUCUCCAGGUGCUUAUGAUGUUAAAACUUCAGAAGUAUUGAAAGGACCAGUAUCUUUUCAGAAAUCUCAAAGAUUUCAAAAACAAAAAGAAUCUCAACAAAACAUUAAUGUUGACAAAGAUACUGCCUUGCUUGCUUCAGCAAGAAAAGUUAAAGCUUUGGGAUUAAAGAAAGAAACUCAAAAGAAUGAUAAAGAUCUAAAGGUAUUGGAAAAAGAGAUUCGUGUACUUAUGCAAGAACGUGGUGCUCAGGACAAGCGGAUCCAGUAUCUGGAAGCUGAGUUUGAGAAGACAGAAGCAAAGCUAAAUGCUGCAGUUAGAGAAAAAACGUCUCUCUCUGCAAAUAAUGCUUCACUCGAAAAACAACUUAUUGAAUUAACCAGGACUACUGAAUUACUAAAAUCUAAGUUUUCUGAAGAUGGUAGCCAGAAGAAUAUGAAAAUUCUAAGCCUGGAGUUGAUGAAACUUAGAAACAAAAGAGAAACAAAGAUGAAGAGUAUGAUGGCUAAACAAGAAGGCAUGGAGAUGAAGCUGCAGGUCACACAGAGGGAUCUUCAGGAGUCUCAGGGGAAAAUAGGACAACUUGAGGGGCAACUUGUUUCUAUAGAGAAAGAAAAGAUUGAUGAAAAAUCUGAAACAGAAACACUCUUAGAAUACAUCGAAGAAAUUAGUUGUGCAUCAGAGCAAGUGGAAGAAUACAAGGUAGAUAUUGCCCAGUUAGAAGAAAAUUUGGAAGAGAAGAAUCAUGAAAUUUUAAGCCUUAAGCAUUCUCUUGAGGAAAAUGUUGUUACAUUGUCCAAACAAGUAGAAGACCUGAAUGCUAGAUGUCAACUGCUUGAAAAAGAAAAAGAAGACCUUAUCAUCAGAGACAGUGAACGGGACAAAAGUCUAAAUGCUGAGAUUCAAAACUUAAAAGAGAAGUUUAUUCUUGAAAAACAAGAAUGUGAAAAGUUGCAACAAAAAGAUUUACACAUUGAUUCACUUUUGCAAGAAGAGAAGGAAUUAUCUUCUAAUCUUCAGCAGAAACUAUGUUCUUUUCAAGAAGAAAUGAUUAAAGAGAGGAAUAUCUUUGAGGAAGAAUUAAAGCAAGCACUGGAUGAACUAGAUAAAUUACAGCAGAAGGAGGAACAAUCUGAAAGUCUGGUCAAGCAGUUGGAAGAGGAAACAAAGUCUAGAGCUAAAGAACUAAAACUCCUAGAAGAAAAGCUGAAAGGGAAAGAAGCUGAACUGGAGAAAAGGAAUGCUGCUCACACUCAGGCCACCCUGCUUUUGCAAGAAAGUUAUGAUAGCACAGUGCAAAACCUUGGUGAUGUUACUGCUCAAUUUGAAAGGUAUAAAGCAUUAACAACUAGUGAGAUAGAAGAUCUUAAGUUGGAGAACUCAUCAUUACGAGAAAAAUUGGCCAAGGCUGAAAAAAGUGCAGAGGAUGUUCAACAUCAGAUAUUAGCAACUGAGAGUGCAAACCAAGAAUAUGCAAGGAUGCUUCUAGAUUUGCAGACCAAAUCAGCACUUAAAGAAGCAGAAAUGAAAGAAAUCAUGGUUUCUUCUCUUAAACAAAUAACUGAUUUACAAAAACAACUCGUGCAGCAAGAUGAAGAUUUUAAGAAACAACUGAAAGAGGAAAAAGCAAGAAAUUCUGGAAAUGAAAAUACAGUGGCAGAAUUAACUGAGGAAAUUAAUAAGUGGCGUCUCCUUUAUGAAGAACUGUAUAAUAAAGCGAAACCUUUUCAGCUACAACUGGAUGCAUUUGAAGCAGAGAAACAGGCUCUAUUGAAUGAACAUGGGGCAGCUCAGGAACAGCUAAAUAAACUGAGUGAUUCGUAUGCUAAAUUAUUGGGUCAUCAGAAUCUAAAGCAAAAAAUCAAGCAUGUUGUGAAAUUGAAAGAUGAAAAUAGCCAACUCAAAUCGGAGGUUUCAAAACUCCGUUCUCAGCUUGCUAAGAAAAAACAAAAUGAGACAAAACUUCAGGAAGAACUGAAUAAGGUUCUGGGUAUCAAGCAUUUUGAUCCUUCAAAGGCUUUUCAUCAUGAGAGUAAAGAAAAUUUUGCCCUCAAAACCCCAUUAAAAGAAGGCAAUACAAACUGCUGCUGAGAUCCCAUGGAGUUUCAAGAAUCAUUUCUGGAUGUUGGAAGUCCAAAAGGAGUAUUGGAGGACUAAAGUCAAGGUGUCAGCAAGGAUGCAUUCCUUCUGGAGGCUCCAGCAGAUAAUCCAUUUUUUCUCCAUAUUCAGUUUCUAUUGGUCACCUGCAUUCCUUGGUUGUGGCUCCUUCCUCCAUCUUCAGAAUGCGUUACUCCAACCUCUGCUUCCCUCAUCAAUUCUCUUUUUCUGAUUUUGACCCUCUUGCCCCUUUCUUGUAAGUAACUUGUGGUUGCACUGGGCCCACCCAGGUAAUCCAGGGUAAAAAAUCCUUAACUUAAAUCAUAUCUGCAAAGCCCCUUUUGCUAUGUAAGGUAACAGAACUUGUUUACAGAUUCCAGAGAUUAAGAUAUGGCCAUCUUUGGGGGCCUACUAUUCUGUUUACCACAAUUACCAAAAGUGAUACAGAUCCAUCUGAUGUUCUUGGACAUUCACUCUUGGAACCCAGUCACCAUGCUGUGAGAAAGCAAAGCAUGCACAUGGAAAGGGCAGGUGUUCUAGUCAUGGUCUUGCUAGGGUCCCAGAUGAAGCCAAAAUCCACUGCUUUACAUAUGAGUGAAUGAGCCUUGGGUUGAUUGCAGCUCCUAGCCUUUGAGCCACCUGUCCCAGCUGCUGUGUAGCAGUUAUGAACUAUCUAGACUGAGCCCUGCUUAAAUUAUAGAUUCAUGAGCAAAUAAAAUUUAACUAUUUAAGCCACUAGAUUUUAGAGUGAUUUGUUACCAGGCUACUUUAUAUUUAAUUCUCUUCAAUGUAUUUCUUGGCUAAGUGGUUCAUCACUAU